AUGGCACCACCAAAAUCCAGCGGUCCAAAAAAGGGCCCCUCAAACACCAAAAAACAAGCACCAGCCAAAGACAAGAAACAGCCCACCAAACGCCAACUCCCCAGCAGUAAUAACACAAAUAAAACCCACAACCAACGAGACAGAGACACCAAAAAAGACCAACAACAAGAUGAUGCCUCUCAAAUCAACCUCUCAUCCACAAUCCCUACAACACUGCAACAACUCCUCCUAAACGUCUUCAAAUCAGCCUUACUCUCUCACAGCCCAGGAACAGCCAGCACCGCCCACCAGGAAGAACAGCUGGAUAUCAAGCCGCUCAUCCAAACGAUCAAGUCGCAUCUGUAUAACCGUGACUUUGACUCUGCGUUUACAGAUGCGAAUGAGGAGUUGUUGAGGGCGUAUGCGUUGCGGUGGAGUGCGACGAGGGCGCUGGGCUAUGCGGGGAUCUUCAAGGGGGUGUUGAGGGCGUUGCCUUUUUUUGGGACUGGUUCUUACUCUAACUCUGACUCUGCAAAGGGGCAAGAUGGAAGGAUUGUGUGUAUUGGGGGAGGGGCGGGAGCUGAGAUUGUGGCUCUUGCGGGUGUUUGGAGGGAGUUGGUGGAUGGGAUGAAGUUGAGUCAGAGUGUGGAUGGAUUGGGGGAGGGCGUUGGGGCUGUUUCUUUGAAUGAUGAUGAAUCUAAAGAGGAGAAGACUACAGCAAAGAAACAAGCUCAGAUCCCCAAUCUCGCUGUCACGGCCGUUGAUAUUGCAGAUUGGUCGAGUGUCGUGGAUAGACUGUCGACCACCAUCCAGUCGCCGGCUGUGACAGGUACCAGGAGCCAUCCGGCACCGUUAAUCCCGCAGAAGAGUGAAGAAGACGAUUCAACGAAGAAAAACAGUGCCGGGUUCACGGUUGAUUUUAACCGCUCGGAUAUCCUCACACUUCCCGAUGAUGAGUUGAAGGGUCUAUUACUCCACCAGAACAUGUCGACCGUCAUGGUUACGCUGAUGUUUACACUGAAUGAGUUAUUUUCGACAUCAAUGGCUAAGACGACGGGAUUCCUACUCCGCAUGACUGAUCUCCUUCAGCCAGGCACUGUGCUUCUCGUGGUUGACAGUCCGGGAAGUUAUUCGACGUUGAAACUUGGGAAGGCUAAAGAGGCAGCAUCAGCGGAGGAGGGAGCCGAAUCUAAGCCUCAGGAGAGAAGCUACCCCAUGAAGUUCUUACUCGAUCAUACGCUUCUAUCUGUUGCGGCAGGGAAGUGGGAUCGGAUCUAUUCUCAGGAUUCGCGGUGGUGGCGGAGAGAUGCGGCCAAGUUGGGAUAUGAAGUGGGUGAAGGAGCUGGUUUGGAGGAUAUGAGGUUUCAGGUUCAUAUAUACCGUCGGUUGGCUUGA